AAAAACAAAAUGGUUGGCCAGGUAGACUGAAACAAAGGACAUAAGAUGGCUGCUGACCAGACUUGCUGGAACCGGCUGCAAUUAAGGAAUACACACUGUCUUGCAAUUACUGUGUAGUCAUGAAUAAAGGAUCACAGGCCCAGUCUGACAAGAUUGAGGAAUACACAACCUCCCCCCCCUAGCCAGGAAGACUGAGGAAUGUACUGGUCUGAGAGUAUGUGUGGUUCCUCUUUCAUCCCCUUAUAUGUCCAUACUUGGUUUCCUGUAUUCUUCGUACGUGUCGGUUCUUUGAUCAGGGGAAUGUGGGAGGUGCUAAACGGUGGCAUUAACAUAUAAAGAGCCUUGCAAUUAAGGGCAGGCAGCUUGACUCUUUGCCAGGUUGUAACCUGUGUGGAGACUCCUGCUCAAUAAAACGUACGUUUAAAGCAACCCUGGUGCCUGGUCGAUUAUUGUCAAAACAACCGAUGUGAGAGAGAAACGUGAAUCAACAUUUUGGUGUCAGAAGUGGGAUGUCAACCAGCGACUGAUCGAGCCGGCGAGUGAAUCCACUGGGCGACGGGAUCGAUGUGAAGGGUGCGCAGCCAAGUGAGUAGAUUUAGUUAAAUCUCCUCUUGGUCCUUCCUCGUAUCCCGGCGUAGCAGGGUAAUUCGCUGACUUGCGUCAGUUGGUGGGACGACAUCCGAACAUUCCGGUUGUGGGCACGGGGAUAGGGCCGUCUCGAGGAUUAUCCUAGUCUGAUCGAGCGGAUAAAACACCCCGUAGAGGGGGACCGUAGACGGUAUAUAAGAGGAGUGCACUGUGUAUAGGAAGUUAACUAGUUGAAAGAGUUAACAAGUGUUGAGUGUUAACCGAGACCAAGGUACCCCCAUAUCUCACAGAAAGUCCGCUUUAAAGUGGCCGAGUGAGAGAUACGACGGAACCAAGGACUCACGGUUAACCCUGAAAUUUUGUUGUGAUAAGGGCCGUCUCGAGGAUUAUCCUAGUCUGAUCGAGCGGAUAAAACACCCCGUAGAUGGGGACCGUAGACGAUAUAUAAGAGGAGUGCACUGUGUAUAGGAAGUUAACUAGUAUUGAGACGUUAACCGAGACCAAGGUACCCCCAUAUCUCACAGAAAGUCCACUUCAAAGUGACUGAGUGAGAUACGACGGAACCAAGGACUCUAGGUUAACCCUGAAAGAGUUAACAAGUAUUGAGUGUUAACCGAGACCAAGGUACCCCCAUAUCUCACAGAAAGUCCUCUUUAAAGUGGCCGAGUGAGAUACGGCGGAACCAAGGACUCACGGUUAACCCUGAAAUUUUGUUGUAAUAUUUGUGUAAUAAAGUUAACUAGUAUUGAGACGUUAACUGAGACCAAGGUACCCCCAUAUCUCACAGAAAGUCCACUUCAAAGUGACUGAGUGAGAUACGGAGGAACCAAGGGCUCUAGGUUAACCCUGAAAGAGUUAACAAGUAUUGAGUGUUAGCCGAGACCAAGGUACCUCCGUAUCUCACAGAAAGUCCGCCUUAGACUGGUUGUUAAGAGAGGAAAUCCUCCACGCGAAGGUCAGGAAUUGAAGUGACCGAGUGAGAUACGGUGGAACCAAGGACUCACGGUUAACCCUGAAAUAUUGUGUGUAAUAGUAAUAAGUUUAAAAAUGGGUAAUGGUAUGGACACCAGUUGUCACCCAGACCGGCCAUUACAUCAGCUAUGUUUCUUGCAUCCAGAAAUGGAGGAGACCUUUAGGCGUAUGUCGGGAGGACUCAUUCAUAAACUGGGGAAGGAUGAAUGGCCUGAAGGGGGUUAUGAGUGUGUUAUCAAGAGCCCAAAGUGUAAUAUGGAGAACGGAUUAAAAAAAAAAUGUAAAAGGGCCAUUCAGUUGUGGAUCGAUCAUUGUAACAAAGAAAAGGCAUGGUCUUUAACGGCCAGUUGGCAGAGUAAUGCCUUGAAACUAGGAAUACCCCUGACCGAGGGGGGUCAGGAGAAGUCAGUGACAGUAUUAAAACAGGAAUGCAGGCAUGCUAAGGAAAGUAAGGAUCGUCAGGAGAGAGAGAGAGAAAAUAUGGCCAAGGUAGAUAAAGACUUACGUAAGUCGGUGGCUGGCAUAGAUUUGGGAGGUGACGACGAGGAGGAGGUAGAGGAUUAUCCUUGGGGAGUCCGUGGAGCACCCCCGUUGAACCAGCCUGCCCCCGUUGCCAGUCCUGUGUAUCCUCCUGCCCUCUGCAGUAGCUGUAAUCAAAUGUGCGGCCCACACGACAGGAGAUUCCCCGGUCCAAAUCGGUAACAGGUUGGCUGACGAUGCGGCUAAGUGUGCUUCACGCGGUAGAUUUAAAGUGGUGGGUAGUAUGAUGAGGCAGGUGAAAAGCCUUUAUAUGGGCUCGUCUGAAUCUGAGAAACCUAUGCCAACCAUAAAUGAUGUAUUGCUCUUACAGGGGGACGCCUCUGCUAAUGUUAUAAUGGAAUGGGAGCAGCUGGGCUGUCGGAAGGCUGACUCUGGAUUGUGGCUCACGCCGGCCGGACAGACCUGUAUGACAGACCAGUUAGCGACCUGGGUCGUUGAUUGCCUACAUUUAGCCACUCACUGUGGGGCCACCUUGCUAGUAGACGCUCUCUUACAGGCAUGGUGGCAUCCUCGACUUAAGGUUUUGGCAGCCCAAACUAGUGCACGGUGCCUCACCUGUGCUACACACAACCCUGGUAAAGGAGUUGUCUGCCAGACGGGUCGUACUCCAUUACCUACUGCUCCGUUUGAAACCUUGCAGAUGGAUUUUAUUGAUUUGCCUAAGUGUCAGUGUUAUAAACAUGUACUUGUUAUUGUUGAUGUGUUUUCUAGGUGGAUUGAAGCCUUUCCAACCACUGAUUGCACUGCCUCUACGGUGGUGUCUAUUUUAUUACGGCAGGUUGUUCCUCGUUUCGGGGUUCCAAACACCAUCAGUUCGGAUAACGGCCCUCACUUCAUUGCCGCUAUCAAUAAAGAAUUGUACCGACAGCUGGGCGUAACCCAGCGGCUGCAUUGUGCUUAUCGCCCACAAGCUGCAGGAAUGGUGGAACGCUUGAACCAGACCCUGAAGACCAAGCUUGCCAAGCUGGUGGACCAAUCAGGCUCCACCUGGGUUAAAAUGUUGCCUGUUGCUUUGUUCCAGAUCAGAGUCCUUCCAGCAGGGAAGACAAGGUUGUCUCCUGCAGAGAUCAUCUAUGGCCGACCUCUGCGCAGCCCUUGGACAGACAUUAUCCCAGCCACAAUGACAUUGCAUCACAUGACGGAGGAGAUGAUACGAAAUAAAUCCCUGAGAUGAGGGUCUUCGUGGCAUUAAUAUGUGUGGCGACCACUGCAGGGUUAAUCGGUUUCGGCUGGAAAUGGACAAAGACUGAAUACGGACGGAACAAACGAGGGAAGAGAGGGGAACGAGAAAACUCCAAUUUAUUCAUCCAGGAACACAACGAGCUAUUCGGGAAGGGGCAGGUGGUUUGUUAUCCACAAAUGACAUCAGUUACCUCCCUGUUUACCCCAUCCCCUGCAUGGGGCAGAACUGAACGACUGGUGAAGUGCCAAAAAAAAAAAACGGUCCCUGUUAAACCCGUCAGCAUCAACUAUGACCGGCUUCUCGCUCCACCGGCCAACUGCUUACCGCUCCCUAAGAACAAUAACCACUCCUACGACAUUUGCUACAAUGGAUCUAGGACGGCGUCAAGAGCACCGGCUAGGCCAUGUAACUUCACCACCAAUAAUGACAACAGGCAAUAUGAAAAUUGUUUUAGUAACCAAGGACACGGGUGUAUAGUCAUAAAUGUUAAAAAUAACCUCACUUGCGCUCUGCAAGGGCCCGUUCACGGCUCCACAUGUAACCUUACCUAUAAUGGAGUCCAAUGUCAGGUGUCUAAGGACUGUAUCCCCGUAAAUGCUGGAUUUCAGCUGUUGUGUGGAUGGGCCAACGGGACCCAUCUGACAGUAGGAUCCCAUCACCUGCCAAUCCCCAGUUAUAGCAAUGGGAUCAGUGAAGCGUGGAGGGACUGGUCUGGAGGGGGAGAAGUCAUUAAUACCCGAAGGGGCUGUAAUGGAUCAUUAUAUACGGAGGAAGGAUAUUACUUUUUCUUUAAUGGGAAAGGAACCAAUGUCCUAAAACCCCCUUUCCCCAAGAACGUGGCAGUUGGAGCAUUGGUGCCAACCACGGUACCUUGUCCCGAGCAAUGGACUAAACCCAUGGCUCGGGUUCGUCGAAGGACAGUGUCGGCCGAGUUUUGCGCGCAAUGGAGAAAUCCAGGGGUUAGGGGAGCUACCCACGGACAUGCCAUUGGAUGGGGAUUAUUAAGCAUGCUAACCAUGGGAGGAGUGGGUGGAGGUGAAGCAGCCAAAAACCGAAAUUACCUUGUUUGUGGCCUGACAAUUCUGGGCAAUGCAACAACUGGAGCCUUGGAGGCAGUAAAAACCCAGAUGGCCGAAAUGAGGAUGUUUUCCCUACAAAAUAGAUAUGCGCUCGAUUACUUAUUGGCUAGAGAAGGGGGGACCUGUACCGUCAUAAAAGGGAAAUGUAUGAUGGGGGUUCAAGACCGGACUAGCAACAUCACACAACACCAGAAAGAGAUUACCACCUUUUUGGAUGGAAUAAAUGAAAACCAGGGAUGGGGGAAUUGGGGAUUAGGGGGAGUAUACAACUGGAUCAUCAGCAUUGCCAUCUAUGCUGCUAUAGUAGUUACUUGCUUAUUUGUGGGGAUUGCUAUUGUAAAGUGUAUCAUAGCCCGAUUAAUGGUGGCUUUAUCGGGUUUGGGGACCACCCCCGAGGAAACUAAAAAUUCUGUACGAAUGAUGAUCUUACAGCGUGAGCAGGAGAGACUGUUAUCAUUCCCCAACGACAGCGAAAACGAUGAAGUGAGUGAGGAAGGAGAAUUAGGGGACAAAGGUCAGACGGUCCAAGAAGCCUUGGCCAGGGAACUAAAAGGUUACGAGAUUCAGCAAAUGGGACUUUUAAAUGGACUAUGAGUGUUGCCAUAAGAAUGGCAAAAGGGGGGAAUGAUGAAUAGAAAUUCUGAAUCAAUGUUAUAAGAUUGUUCUGAAAGACAAAAUGGUUGGCCAGGUAGACUGAAACAAAGGACAUAAGAUGGCUGCUGACCAGACUUGCUGGAACCGGCUGCAAUUAAGGAAUACACACUGUCUUGCAAUUACUGUGUAGUCAUGAAUAAAGGAUCACAGGCCCAGUCUGACAAGAUUGAGGAAUACACAACCUCCCCCCCCUAGCCAGGAAGACUGAGGAAUGUACUGGUCUGAGAGUAUGUGUGGUUCCUCUUUCAUCCCCUUAUAUGUCCAUACUUGGUUUCCUGUAUUCUUCGUACGUGUCGGUUCUUUGAUCGGGGGAAUGUGGGAGGUGCUAAACGGUGGCAUUAACAUAUAAAGAGCCUUGCAAUUAAGGGCAGGCAGCUUGACUCUUUGCCAGGUUGUAACCUGUGUGGAGACUCCUGCUCAAUAAAACGUACGUUUAAAGCAACCCUGGUGCCU